CGGUGUGGCAUUCCAAGCGCUAUUGUUGCAUUGUGACAAGCCGGGCAGGAGAAAGGGAGAGGAGGACACGUUCCACCAGAAAUCCGAAAACAUUUUUUACAUCGAAAAACGCUUAAAAGAAAGACUCGUUGAAAGCAGAAUACAACGAGUAGUAUGAGUAAAACCGUCAUGAUUACAAAAACUGCAACGAAUCGACGGCGUAGCGGAUUUAUUGAUACACGCAUUUAAAAGGGAAAGAAGACGAAAAAACUCCCUUUAAUUCCAACCAUUCAACCCAUCUUAAAUGCAAGGCAAAACGGUAAACUAAUUUGUUUGAAGUCCUCCUUCCCUGCCUCCUCCCGGUUGUUCGCCGGCGCUAAACCAUUUAGUUACCUUAACGUUACACAGCACAUGCUGCAGCGGUGUUUUCCUUGUGUAAAUAAUUGUGCAAAACCGAAAUCGUCUCUAGAGCCGGUGGGUCCGCACCUACAAAUUAUGUGUUCUGCAAGACUAGCCCUGCAUUUUGCCUUUAGUUAUUAAAACCGAUCCGCUUCGCAAUCGUGGUACUUGCGUCGGCAAUCAGCUGGGGGAAAGAAAAAAGCCAAUAACGCAGUAAAGAAGAAAGGACACGAAAAUCCAAGCCGGAAACGACCAUAGAGGACAAUUUCUGCUCACACACGAACAACGGGUUUUCCAGGCGAAACGGGUCUCCAUUUCUCCCAAGACGGUGAGGUCCUAUGGAGGCGGUGCGGACUCUCAGCCUGAAGCGGAGGUUCGAGGAGGUGGACGGCGGCUCGCCCUUCUCCACCCCGAAGGACUCGGACGACGACAUCUCCAGCAGCGACAGCGCUGAGAGCUGCGACAGCCUCAACCCCCCCUCCAGCACCUCGCUCACGCCCACCUCCAUCCUCCGGCGGCAGGACCCCGCGCUGGGCCGGAAGCGUGUGCGCUUCGGCGCCGUCACCGUCUUCUACUUCUCGCGCCGGCAGGGCUUCACCAGCGUGCCCAGCCAAGGUGGCAGCUCGCUCGGCAUGGCGCGCCGCCACAGCUCCACCCGCCGCUACACCCUGGGCGAGUUCGCCCGCGAGCAGGAGAGCAGCCACCGCCAGGCGCUCCGCCAGCACCUGCGGCAGGAGAAGCUCGACGCCCGCAAGCGGAAGCUGACGCGGAACGGCACGGUGGAGUGCGCGGCCGCCGAGCGGCUGACGCUGGACGACGUGUCGGACGAGGACCUGGACGUGGACGGCGUGGAGGUGGACGACUGCUUCUUCCUGCAGCCGCUGCCCAUCAAGCGGCGCCGCGCCCUGCUGCGCGCCUCCGGCAUCGCCCGCAUCGACGCCCGCGAGAAGGCCGAGCUGCGCGCCAUCCGCCUGUCCCGCGAGGAGUGCGGCUGCGACUGCCGCGUCUACUGCGACCCCCAGCACUGCGGCUGCAGCCAGGCCGGCAUCAAGUGCCAGGUGGACAGGAUGUCCUUCCCCUGCGGCUGCUCGCGCGACGGCUGCAGGAACGCGGCGGGCCGCGUCGAGUUCAACCCCCUGCGCGUGCGGACGCACUACCUGCACACCAUCAUGAAGCUGGACGUGGAGAAGAGGAGGCAGCUGGCGGGCAGGGCCGCGGAGGGCCCGGGGGAGGCCGAGCCCGCCCCCGCGCCCGCCCCGACCGCUGGCGACCCCGGGGCGGACGUGUGCACGGAGGCCACCCUGGCGGAGGGCGCGGACAGCGCCAGCCAGGAGCUGGAGAACGAGACGGCGGUGCUGCACCUGCAGAGCGCCGAGGAGCAGGAGAGGAGGAGGGAGCAGGAGGAAGGGGAGGGGCCUCUGCAGGAAGUGGGCGGGGCAUCCCUGCUCUGCUUCACGGAGGGCCAGGCCCUCGUCAAGGACCCCCCCACUCUGCUCUACUACCAACUUGGCCACGCCGAGCUGGCGGCUUUAGGGUUGCCGCGGUUACACGCAGAGGAACAAGAAGAAACGUUGGGAGGAGGAGGAGGAGGAGGAGGAGGAGGAGGAGAAGGAGAACAGGAGGAAGGUGAGAGCGGGAGCAGCCAACAGGGUUUGGACGAGUGCUUGCUUGAUGCAGGUCCAUGCUCAGCAGAGGUCACCGGAGACGAAGAUGGACUUGUCCUCCCCCAGCAGGAACCUGCCCCCCUUGCCUUUGAAGGAGAGGGAAGCCCUCCUCCCCCUGAAGCUUAG